AUGGUAGAAAAAUAUGCCAAAGUCACCGGGAAUGCUCCAGACGAUGUCAAGCAGUGCUUAUGUGUCUUUCUUUCGCUCGGACAAACAAAAGGAUUCGCGCACGAGGUUCUUUCAAGGCUGUCUAUCUCCCAUGUUUCGCUCGAUGCCUCGCCUGAGCAGCGUACGAGGGAUCGAUUCAAAGUUGUAUGCUCACUGACGGUGACUGAGGAUAUGCUGGACGCCACACCAGGGAACAUGCACGGAGGCUGCAGUGCCUUUAUAAUUGAUACAUGCUCCUCACUUGGUCUGGUAGCCUACGUGCUGUGCAAAACCACCACUAGCUGCGAUUGGGUCCAGCUUUACACGAUUUCGCAGACCUUGGAUGUGAUGUAUCAUUCGUCAGCUUUUUUGGGAGAUGGACUGGAGAUUGUCAGCACCGGCGUGAGUGUUGGAGCGAGAGCCAUGUCAAUACGCACAGAAAUAUGGAAUACGACGCGUCAAUGCAUUGUGGCCUCAGGUGUUCAUCUCAAGAUGCUCCCGUCUUCGUCUCGAGCAAAAAUGUGA